AUGGACGCCUUCAGCGCUGCUAAGGCCAAGAUGGGGGCGAAGAGCGGCGGCGAGGCGGCGGCGGCGGGAGUGGCCGCGCCUCAGCCCGCCGUGCCGGCCCCCAGCCCCGCUGGUCCCGGCUCGCCCGCCGCGCUCGAGCCCGCUGCCUACAAGCUGGAGGACCUGGAGACCUUGGCCACCGUGGGCACAGGUACCUUUGGACGUGUUCAUCUGGUGAAGGAAAAAAUGGCCAAACGUUACUUUGCACUUAAGGUAAUGAGCAUUCCUGAUGUCAUUCGACUGAAGCAAGAGCAGCAUGUGCACAAUGAAAAGUCUGUCUUGAAAGAAGUCAACCACCCUUUUUUGAUCAGAUUAUUUUGGACCAACCAUGAUGAACGUUUUUUAUAUAUGUUAAUGGAAUAUGUGCCAGGAGGAGAACUUUUUAGUUACCUGCGCAACAUGGGGCGUUUCAACAACAGCACAGGACUGUUUUACUCAACGGAAAUUAUUUGUGCAAUAGAAUACCUGCACUCCAAAGAAAUAGUUUACAGAGACUUGAAACCUGAAAACAUAUUACUAGACAAGGAGGGACAUAUCAAGCUUACUGAUUUUGGAUUUGCAAAAAAACUUGUGGACAGAACAUGGACUCUCUGUGGCACUCCUGAGUACCUUGCUCCAGAAGUUAUACAAAGUAAAGGCCAUGGAAGAGCUGUGGAUUGGUGGGCCCUGGGAAUUCUUAUAUUUGAGAUGUUGUCAGGGUUUCCUCCAUUUUUUGAUGACAAUCCAUUUGGUAUAUAUCAGAAGAUUCUUGCUGGCAAAAUAGAUUUUCCGAGACAUUUGGAUUUAUAUGUAAAAGACCUUAUUAAGAAGCUGCUUGUGGUUGACAGAACAAGACGACUAGGAAAUAUGAAGAAUGGAGCAGAUGAUGUGAAGAGACAUCGAUGGUUCAGGUCUAUAGACUGGGAUGCUGUACCUCAAAGGAGACUAAAGCCUCCCAUAGUGCCCAAAGUAUCCAAUGAUGGGGAUACUUCCAAUUUUGAAGCUUAUCCUGAAGAUGACUGGAACAAGACACCUCCGGUACCUCCUAAAGAUCUAGAAAUUUUCAAGAACUUCUGAGUGUAACAUCUACACUGGACAAGAAACUGGAAGGAAAUUGAAGUGCUCAGAGCAAGUCUGAAGAACAAUGGAGUUCAGAUGUAAAGGAAGAUUUUCUUUGUGGCUAAGAACGAUACUGCAUUCAGAUAUGCAUAUUAGUAUAUAAUAUCAAAAAAGAUGGAGGCAGGAAGGAAUAAUUUUUUGCUGUAAACAUUUGACUUUAGUUUAGUAAAUUGUAAUAAUGAUAGUCUGCUCUGAAGUAGACUAACUAAAAUGAUAUUUUUAGGAUUAUUCUUUUUAACUUAUGGUUGAAUUAAGUUUCCUGCUAUUCCCAGAUCCUUUUUGCAUAGUUAACUCAUAGACUUUAUUUUAUAGGUUUAUACUAAACUUGUGUAAUUAAAAGCACAAAUUAGUAUAUGUGUAUAUAAUGAACACAGUACAGCUAAAGCACAGGAAUUGUGCAAAGAUGUAAAUUUUUGUACUUUGCAGAGUCUAUGAUUUUUAUUUUUCAAAUAAUGUUUUUCAAGAAGUUCUUUAGGAAUAAAAGUCUUAAAAAAGGUUAAAUAAGUUUUUCAUCAUCUUAUAUGCAUUUUAUAAUUCUUUGUAAAAAACAAAAAUAAUUACGUUUUAAAAAAGAUUUGUACCUAAAAUUUCCAAUGCCUCAUACUUACAACCAUAGUACUUGAAAGCAGAAAGACAAGGGCAUGUUUUAUUGUUGUUUAAGAUGCAUCUUAAUGGCUAAUUUAUGAAAUUCUUUUACAAUUAUGUCUCUUUGGAAACCAGAAUUUGAGUGAUUGUACACUGUCUGAAAUGAGAUUCUUCACAUGAAAACUCGCGAUAAACUUACAAGUCAGUCCAUCCUCAUAAAAGGGCUUUAACUGGCCCUGACAGGAGUUGUUCCCUCGCAAGCUUGUUGUUCUCUCCAGAUGUAAAGCAUGAGCCAUAACUGACGAUUUGCAUUAGUGAAAUAGUUGUUGUUGAAUGGUGAACACUUCAGAAUAUCUGAGGGAAGACUGAAUAUGUAGUGCAGCUUUCUUUUUCUGCUCCUCCUUUUUUGAAAAUGUCCUAGUCCCUGCUGCCAGCAAUUUCAUAUGUACGGAGUUCAAACCUUAGAUGCACAGAGCCUCUUUUUUAUCCUGGGCUAACAUCUUUCUAGCAGCUUGAGCACACUCUGUUUUGGAAGUAUUUGCAAUAUUGCUUAAUUUUAAGUAGCAUUAAAUAAAAGUAUGUGCACAUGUAUGUAUCUACAUAUAUGAAUGCACAAAAACAUGAAGGUAGAUUGAGUACUAGUCAGAAUCUCUUUUUUUAGGUUUUUUUUUUUCAUAUUCAUGUUACUUGUGUAGGAGGAAGGGAGUUGAUUUUGAAGUGCUUCAAUUGCAAAAAGCAAUUGCAUUCUUUGUUACUUGUGUAGGGAGGAAGGGAGUUGAUUUUGAAGUGCUUCAAUUGCAAAAAGCAAUUGCAUUCUUUAGGAUGUAGUGGGUUUAGAUAACUUCUAGUGAAAUUAUCAUAUUUAGACCAAUUUUUUUUUCUCAGAGUGUGGCGGUGCAAGAAUUGUUUUAUUAAGUUUUUAUAAGAAGUUUUAUAUUAUGGUUCAGUUCACUGUGCUCCCAGUUUUGUAGCAGUCCAUCCCCUUUCGAGUUUCCUGUAUAACAAGGCGUUUUAUGUCAAUCAUCCCACCCCCCACCUAUAAUUGUCAAUCCCCUCUCCCCCCCCGCAACUCUGGGGCAUCCUGUCUAUCACUUCGGGACCCCUCCCUGGAUUGGGAAAUUCCCAGGGAGAGCAUCGAGUGAUAGGUCAGCCCCGGGGGAAUUCCUUUUCCCUUUUUGUCAGUGGUCAGAGGCUUAGAAGUGGACACCCCCUGUUGCCCCCUGAAUUCCCUGAUUUGCUAUCCUGUUGUAACCUCCCCUGAACCCUCCCCCGCUUAUAAGAUCAGAGAGGGAAAUUCGAGCUCUCUCUGGCCAGCAGUCUGGACGAGCUGUGGAUCUCCUGCAGCUUGGCUUGAAUAAACCAUCUUUAAGUCUGUUUAGCCAAGAGACAUCCUUUAUCUACCGCUGUUGUCACAACACAGUUUGGACCAGCUGCUGCGGAGAAGCUGAGUCCAGCAGGUGAAGAUAACCUGCUUGCAUACCCGGACUGAAAACGCUUUGGCCGCUGUGCAGAUCUGAGCCAGCCAGGGGCCCGCGUCCACCCGGCGCGGAAAGGCACAGCCACGUCAGAGGACAUCAGCUCUCUGUAGUUCUACUACUGUGACUUAUGGCUUUACAUAAUACUGUUUAAUUAGGUCAUACAGCCAGUUUUUCCCAAAAUCUACUUUCCACGUUUUUGACCUGAAAGCGAUAAGAAAUGUAGGCUGAAGAUUUGUUUUUCUAAACUAAAUUCUGAAUGCCUACAAAGUAGGCAUUCUAGUAAUUGCUACCGAAACUAGCAUAUUUAUUAUUUUAUGGCAGAUCUGUUUUUACUGGAAUCUCUUUGUGGAAAAGUGAUUUCAGUUGUUUUGUUUAAACAGUACAGAUGUGCUAUUGAGAACCUGUAACUUCCAGGGUAUUAGAUUCAUAGUCUAAUGAAGACUUGAUUUAUUCAGCAAGUUUUACUUAAAUAGAUUGUAAAACUCUUGGCAAAAAUGCACAAUGUGUAACGAAAUCAGGAUAUUUCAAAGUGAUAAUUCUGGACUAUCACAAAGCUGUCUUGAUGUUAUGCAAUUUGAUGGCUCCAGCUGCCGCUCAGUAAAUAUCACGUAGGAAUAUAUAAUGAAAUACAGGACACUCCAUAGGAAAUUAGUUUUAGUGCUGUGUCAGUACCUUAUUCUCUCGGAAAAAAUUAAUCUGACCCACUAUAUAUGUAUCUGUGGAAUUAGUUAUUCUAAAUCAAUUGGAAAAACUGAAACAUAAAACUCAGCUUACUUUGCGUAAGGGAGAGCAAACAGUUUGGGAGUUUUCCUUAAUGUGCAAGCUUAUGGUAUUCUGUGGACUCUGAAUAUUACAUCAGUUUCUUAUUUGAAAAUUUACAUACUGCAACAAGAAAGUGUGCUAAAUAUAGGAUUUUAUUUCCAAAUUUCAAAGCUUCUCUCUGUUUAAGUCUUCAGAUCUGAGGAAACGAAGUUGAAUAACUUGCCACAGUGGUGGUUAGAAGUUUUGAAUGCUUGAACAGCAGGAGAUAGUGGAUUUUUUUUUUAUGAAUCUUAUCCAUUGCUGGCAGUGGAUGCACUGACACUCAUUAUGAUGGAGACUAAGGAAGUGAGUACAUUGUUAUUAAUAAUGAUAAUGCUUUGACUUUACAUUGUUUCCGAGCCAUGUGUACAUACACCUGACUACUGACCUCGUCAGCAUGCUUUCUAGUACAGAACUGCUUUCAAUUUUUUUUUUUUUUUUCAAAUACUGAACUAAAAAAUAAAACCAAAACAUUUUCAAAGCAUUAUUUUAAGUGAUCAGUUAUUUUCUGUACAGUCCUGGACUUAAAGAGGUGUUAUUACCUGGCUGUCUUAUUUAUUUGCACGAGUGAGUCUGCUUUAAGUCUUUACUGGGACUUCAUGGCCCACUAAUGUAGUUCUGUCUGAGUGCUCAUGCAGGUAAACAGUGCCCUAGGAAUUCUGGAUUUAUGGAUUUUUUAAAAGAAGACUAGAAGGUUUUUUUUGUUUGUUUGGGUUUUUUUUAGUUCCUAUUCAAGUAGGGUGUUCUCUGAAGUUCAUUUUAUUUUGAAUCCUUCUGUUAAUGUGUACUUUUGCGUAUAGACUGUUGCGUAAGGACUGCUGUCUUGCAAGAGAGCCCAUAGGCCUUUGGUAUUCUACAUCAGUGAACAAGAAUGUUAAACAUUAAAAAGCAAGCUUUAUUUUGGAGUUUUAUAUAUAUAUAUAUUUUUCAUUGCCCAAUAGGAGGUUUUAUGUGAUAGACAUGAAUUGUAAACUCAAUUGCCUUGUAACCAAAUGAUGUAAAUGCUUCAUGAUUUCAAUGAAGAACAUGCUGUAGAUUUUCCUGUAAAUCAGCUUGAUCAAUGAAUAUGUGUGCUACUGAGCUUUAACUAAUGUGAUCUUCCACUGUAGAAAGUCAUUGUUAUGGAUCAAAUAUAGGUACUAAACUAUGUUUAAAUGGAUAAACAGGGAUUUUACAGUUUUGAAAGCAAUGAAGAUACGGCUGUUCCUCAGCCCAUUUGCUUGCCAUUCAGAAGAGUUGUGAUGCAGUGCUUCCUAUGCUAUAGAAUUAUUUUUCAGCUUUCAAUGACUGUAGCAUGAUUCCUUUUUGUACUGUACUGUGUACAGACUUCCCAUGUUUUGCACUUUUCUAUGGCAAACCUUGACUGCUUUAUAAAUACUCUGUUGUGUAGUAAGUAGUGCUAGUGAUAGCAGGCAUUUGUGUGCUACUUAAUUAGUUUGGACUGCUUGACUUGCGAGGUUCACUUGGGCUAAUGUGUUGCUGGUUGCUUGUUGUAGCUCACGUGUAAGUACUGUUCAAAGUUACAGAGUCAGCCCUCAUUGCACAAUGAUAAAUCACUGUGAUCUGUACAUAAACCCUAGUAAAACUUUAUUGCUGUUUAAUUUAAUGUAAUAGCUGUCAAAUCUGGAUUCAUUUAAUAAACCUUUAUAUCUUUUCAAA